AUGGCCAAGCUUAUCAUGCGAGAGGCACCAGAGAAGACGACAGUUCACAUGGCAAAUACCAAAGGUCUGGAGGAUGAUGCCUGUAGCAAAUGCCUGGGCUCGGUCCACAUAUUACAUUCUCCGGAAUGUCCGAAAGACCCAAAUGCUGGCCAGAUUGAGCCACACGAGUCUGCGGUCCCGGAAGGCGUUGUCGAGUUUGAGGACUUGGCGGCAGAGGUGGAUUCGGAGACGGAACAUGAGAGAAUGCAGCGAUGGGGCUGCCGAUACGCCUGGCGAGAAUGA